AUGGAAGGGGGUUGCUUCUUGUACUUAGGAUGCUUUGCCUGGGCGGCAAGUGACAUCGCUUUCAACGAACGAGCCGUGCAGGAUCGCAUGCGGCUUCGACGCAUGCUCGAUGGCCUUGGGCUGCCGCAAGGACUAAUACUAUACCCGAGGGCUGUCCCAUUCGCACCCAGUUUGAGUGCGGCGCAGAAGUGUUUGGACUUGCUGGAGAAGUGCUUGGCGGAUUGCAAGGCUGCUCCUUGGUCUCCAUCUAGCAUUGUCUGUCUCGAGCUUUGGCUCAAAAGGUCGAUCUUGCGAAGGUACGUCGAUGGUCUUGCGGCCUUGGAGGAACUCACCGAACCAGGUCCGGUGGCGCACGGGAUUCUGACAUUUCUGAGAGGUGGACGUUAUGAUGAAGAGUUGCGGCAGCUGCCGACGGACAGGCUGCAGCAGCUUCUGAAAUGUGUGCAGGAGCUGAUCAGGAGCUCGGUAGGGGCUGAGGGCGAUGACACAAGGGAGCACGGCCUUUGGCGCCGCGUCCGGCAUACUACCCCAGAGUUGGAUUAUUACUUUCUCCAGGCACAGAUCGAGCUCUUGCUGGCUAAGAGUGCUCUUCAGCAUCCUUCAGGAGCCGCGGUUGUCCGAUCCACUGCCAUCCGUGCCUUGCAAGAUCAGGACACGCAAGCGGUGCCAGAUACUUGGGUUCGUGUCGAUCAAGUCUCCAACCCCACCCCGAGCUCUACAUCCUUGCUUUCCGCAGACACAUCAACGCAUCGUUGCUUCGUGCUCAACUAUAUGUUUAAGACACAAGAUGAUCGCUGCAUCAACGGCCGAGCCUUGCGCAAGGGCUCCCGCGUACUUGCUGCAGAUGGCUCCCUUCUGGAAGUCGCCUCGCCGCCGGAGCAGCACGAGACCCGGGCCACGGUGCUUCUGCAAGCCGGCGCUGCGACGCUGCAGGUGACACUGGACCACCGCAUUGUCUUGCCUGACGGCGGAAUUGUACCGGCAAAGGAGCUCCAACUUGGCAAUGAGGUGCUUGUGGGUGGCGAACGAGCCGUGCUGACCAAGGUUGAUAUCCUACUGGAUCCCGUCGUGGUGUUGAAGAUUGCCUUCAAUCCCGAUCUGCCCGUUGAGGCUUUCGCGCCUCCACCGGCAAUCCUGAGCCAUGGUCACAAGCAGAAGAAGGCACGGCGCAGUCGGAUGAACCGCCGGGGUGCAACUGAGACGCCGACGCCCCUGUCCUACACGGGACAUUCGGUGUCCCCGGCCCUCUACCCUUGCGUCGCGGCAUCGGCUCGCGGCUUCUGCGCGCCGUGCGCCUUGGCAGCUGAGCAGAUGGCGGACGCGGGGCAGCGCGGCAUCAGCAAGCUGAGCUUGCACGUCCAUGUGAGGAAUGAGGCAGCCAUUGCGCUUUACAGCUCGCUCGACUUCAGGACUGUCAUCACGAAGCCGAACUACUACCACCGGAGCGUGGCGGACUCAGCACUGGGAUGCCCAUUAGUACUUGCACCCAGGACAUGUAUCUACUCCAAGAACAGCCCAGACUUGCUGCUGAGGCUCGAAAGCCAGGUCGAGUUUGACGGCGGCUUGUCGGCCGACAUGAAGCUUCGCCAGGACGAAGCCGACGCCAGCUCCCGAGUUAUCCGGGUGAUCAACUACAAGGCCCAGGUGCCACCGCGAGACGUAGAUGGGCUGAAGCAGCUGCUAGAGACGGAGGAGAGAGCCAUAUUGUUUUCCGUUGAUUGCUUGGGCCUGGGAGGUACAGAAAUGACCCAUGUGGUGGAGGAGCUAUCUAGUUUGCGAUCCACGUAUCGCGAUGUGUUGGACGAGGAGCCGGCUUGCGUAGCAAGCGUUUGGGAUCCGGACGCGCAGCGGCAGAAUGCAGUCCAGAGAGGCGCCAGUAACACGCUCAAGCUUUGCUACCCAGACGCAAUUCUGUACAGGGGCCUGGCUGGGAAUCCCAGUGAAGUGACCAAGGACGACAUCCUAAAGACCCUAACCUCGUGGGCCUAUUCGACUGAUCCCUGCUGGCAUCACAUCCUUGAAAUUACCGUGGAGUCGCCAACCAACCUUGCGAGUGAUGUCUACUUCAUUGAGAAUGCCCGAAUACCUUCUGCAGUACUUCCUGCAGGUGAUACAGGUGACACUGAGGCGGCCACAGAGGAGGGCGAAGAGAGGAGGGAGUUGUCGGUGGAGAUGCUAUCGGGUGAGAGAGUACAACUUGGGAUGAAGGUCCCUUUCACAGUUGCCGAUGUGAAGCCGAUGCUGGAACGGCGUCUGGGCAUUCCGUCGCUCCUGCAAAAGAUCAUUGCAGGCUCUGAGGAGCUGCCAGAUGAGGCAGAAGUGACUGCGGAUUCCGUGACCCUGAUUCGUCGAGAGCCGCUGCCCAUAGACACAGAGGACUUCCUGCACAGCAUGCUGGAGACAGCAGAUGAGAGCAGUAUACUCCGAAGGUGGCACCGUUUCGACACUUACAGCGACUGGCCGGCCAGCAAGCAAGCGAGGCUGGACUGGGCCAUGUCUCACCGCCAAAUGACGAAUGUGCCCUUGACCACAGAGAACGUGCUUGAGCGUCUCACCGCGUGGCUUGAGCUUGACGAGAGCAAGGCAGGUGUUCAUCCGGACAGUUUCAGGGCUCACGUUGACAAGAUCGUUGCAUUCAUGCAGCACUGCUGUUACAGCCCUUCUCUACUCGUGGCCUACGAGGAUCCCUACGGCCACGAUGAUGACUUCGAGUUUGUCUUCUUCUUUGUGGGGCGACUCCGUGGUGAGAUGCAGACGUUAGUAGUGCAGAGCUUCCUCCUCAACUGCUGGUGCUGA